ACGCUUAAUACGUUAAUAGCGGGUAUUACGAGGAUUAGUUUCGGCCUAGGUAAGGAAAUCGUCGCCCUAAGUAUAAUAAAAAUAGAGAUAUAUUUCGGAACGAUAACUUUUUAUAUUUUACUUAUUAAUACCCCAUUUCUCCUAUAUCUAAAAAAUAUAGAUCGACUAGGCAUUAUAUUUAAUAAUAUAAAGAAUAGAAUCUUUAGUAAUAAGCACUUUAAAAUAAUUAAACGACGAUAG